AUGUCGACCAGUCUUCGCCUCUUGAGCGAGAAACCGUCAGACUAUGAUAAGGCUGAGCUGUUGCAUCAGUGUCUUUUCAGUGCUGUUGCGCACAGUCCCCAUUUAUUGCCUGAAAAGUUCAACGGAUACUUAGCGUACUACCAACGCGAGCUGGAGAUCGCUCAUCCUCACAAGUAUGCCAGAGCUCUGCAGCAUACGUGGGGGCCAUCGGUUGGGCGCCAUGCCGAUCUUCUCGCGUGUCUCGUCCAAGUCCGGCGAGAUCAGAACGCGACGCGAGAGGAGUUGGUCCGACGGUUGAAGAUUCAAUAUGCGGCCACGGAUGAGGACGAGCUGCAGCGCCUGCUCGAGCUGAGCAUGCGAGUGGGCUUCUUCUUGAAUGUCAGGCAGCACGAUGGAGGAGGAGGAGGAAUGCUCGACUCGCUCAAGAGCUUCCCAAUCCAGUGGAGUCCAGACACGCCUCUCAAGGAGCUGAUUGGUCGGCAGUUCCCGCGGUCCAAGUGGAGGCUCAACGCCAACGAAAGUCGACUUCAUCCUCGCUUUACCGCUGCCUUCAUGGUUCAGGUCUGCAGCCUGGUCAUCGACUGGACCGACUCCCUGGCCGAUCAUCUCUAUCUUGACCGGCAAAGCAACACUCUGUACCUUUUCCCGCACAAGUCAUGCCUGGCAGCAUUGCUGCACCAUACAGAUUGGACUGCGAGAAAGGCACGUCACCCAUCUACACCUAUUUCGGCGUCCCUUCCUAAAGCAGUGCUCCAUGAGACCGUUCUCUCCCUCAAUCUUCUUUUCCCGCACUGGGAUCGUGCUUCCAACGAGCUGCUCAAGCAGCACAGGCAGGACUUCCACUGCCAUCCACCCUACGAAGGACCUAGGACCUUGAACCUGAUGGAGUUUGAUAUUUGGCGCGAUCGUCUCCUUGAACUUAACGAUGUUGUCUUUACUUCGCCUCCUGCCAGCAUCAGGCAACUCUUCCUUGACCGUCGCAGCCCUCAGCAGUUCUGGACUUUUUGGAUUGCUAUUCUCAUCCUUUUCCUCACCGUUGUCUCGACUGUGGCCUCAGUCUAUCAGGCGGUGAGGUCGUGA